AGCAUCUCCAAGAGUGGCCCGUGCGCAUACAUAACUUUACAAUAGUAAGUGAAUGAUCAUUUGAAUAGCGAAGGCGCGAUCGCGCAUACAACUACAAAAUAAGCAAAUAACAUACUUCAUCAUCUACAAUAAUGGUGAGCUUGAAAACAAGAGCGCUUGGAAUACCAUGGGCGGGUACAAUCUGUAACAUCGUUGCAUUGGCCCUUUUGCUGACGGGGUGCUUGACUGACUACUGGCUGUCCGGGGAACUUGGCAAUGUGGGACUUUGGAGGCAAUGCUAUUAUGGUUUGCCCUGUACAUCGCCAAACGAACUGUCGUCGUAUGUCGCACGAGUGAUGAUAGUGAUCUCGUUGGUGAUUGCGUUUUUCUCGCUCUUUGUGGGAGUGGGAGCGCUUGGGUUCUUCAUGCGCGAUUUUCCCGUCCACAUCCUGGCCUGUUUUACCGUGGGCCUAUCAGGCUUUUUGGCCAUCUUAGGGACCUCUAUCUAUAUCGCCGGGUAUUAUCUGGGCAUGGCGGUUUCGUGGUCGUGGGGAUGUUCACUGGCAGCCUCACUACUGCAGCUAUUCGUCACCCCAAAUCUUUACUGGUACUCGUACCAUAUACAGGCGUGGUUUGGUCGUAUGUUGGUCAACACCUUCGGCGUACGCGACAACACGCCCCGCAUGAUCAACGCGUCCAAUCAGUCAGGCAUGGGAGAUGCCUUCAGAGAGUCUAACACAUACAGUCGGAGUGUGAACGGGAGUCGUCCUAACAGUACUGGAGAGGGCGAAGAGGAUGGUUUGGAGCUGCAUGUACAUGCGCACAGAGCUGCACCGCAUAAUAGCAAUCCCUCAUCGAAUGUCGGUAUGGUGGAUACAUAGGUGGUGGGGGGGUAGUGGAGAAAAACUGACAUGUCCAAGUGUAUGCUGAGUUACACGAAUAACCCAUUCGGAGUGAGUGGUGGGUAUAUAUAUAUAUAUAUGAGAGCUGCAUACACUACCGUAUGCACAACGCACGUUAGGCAUAGCUGCUUCACGCUCCAAUGGAAGAUGGAAUACUUGAGCUACACAGUUGUAGGGAAGGCAGGAACACAGGUAGGUGUCCGCACUCAAGCACAGACCUACAAGACCAGAAGGGUUCAAGUGACUUGUACGAUCGUCUACGCUGAAUAUAUAUACAGAUACACAUAUACGCGACCGCCUCCGUGAGUGAUCGACACACAUAUAGCUACCCGUAGUCCCUCGUGUAGGCUGGAUGCUGUGUACCUUAGCUGCAGAGAAAUGCCACUCCCGACCACUUAACACAACACCGGUGGUUUUUAGAACUAUAUUGACUUGUGCUUGCCAUAGGGUCUCGCACCGGCGUCAGAGCCGAUAGUGGGACUAGGCGGGGUUUUGCAUGUGGAUAUCGCAAAAUGGUCUUCUGCAACAGCCCAAGUUCUGAGAACAAGAACAGUAUUGAAACCUCGCUGGCAUUGCAGUAGAAGCUGAACUAUGUGCUACGGCAUCUGGUUAUGCUGAAGUACGCGCACAGCCACACGCAGUCAACCCCAGUGUUUAGGUCGACAUAGUAUUGGAGUAAGGAGGCAUGCGCAUAAUUAUAGCUGAUUGGGAAGCGUCGAAGGUCUCAUAAGGUGGUGUACUCCGUAUUGUUUGUUUUUUUCCUUAUACGCACGUGCUUUCAAGAGUGUGAUGCACCCUACUAGCAACACAUAUCUAUAGAGGAUGGGACAUCAGCACUGUUAUGGGCAAUCAGUAUCGAAUAUCUGUGCAUGUGCAUUAUAUUUAAUUUUCAGGAUAGUCUGUUGAGCAGUGCCUAUUUACGAUCGCGAACCUAUCCUUGGUGGAAGCAUUGGUUAGCGUCAGCGAUCUUUGGAAAAAUGAAGAUUGGAUUGAAAGCCUUAGCUACUUUCCACAUUCGCGACCACGUGCAAAUGACCUGUUAGUAGUUAUACCCAUUGUCCCAUAUACUAGCACGUUGCGCUGGAAUAUGAGCGCUAUUGAUGUGGAGUGGAUAGUAGAAUCAAAGGGCAGACGCGAUUUCUCGUGUCGGUCUGAUUGGAAUGGACCCAGGGCAGAAUUGAUACCCACACUAACACUAUCAAGUGGGAUCCGAUUGGGUGUGCAUCACGACAGUACGUCAAGAAAAUUUCCGAGAUGUAGUGGUUUCGUACAUUACGUCAGCAGCGAAUAUCGCUUGGGCAUCGAUGAUAGCGGCCAUAGUUACACUUGUGCAUACCACAAUUGCCGAUAGAUGGCAGCUCAUGGGUGUCCGAAGUAUAUGAUCUUCACGCACGUUUGGCUGGGCAUUUGAGCAGCGAACUGACAUUGUGCAGAUUAAAAGAUCCACUAGAUCUGCACAUGGCUCGAACUACGUCUGCACAUGCUUCGAACUACGCAACUCGCAAUUAGAACAAUUACAAAUAAAUCGUCAAAGGGUGC